UCUACAACCUGACACUGACAAUUGCCAUUUUUUGUCAUCUUUGCCAAUUUGCAGGGUGUGAGGAAGCAACAAAAUGAAGAGUGCCCUGAUUUUGCUCAGCCUUUUGGGAAUAGCCUGUGCUUUCUCAGUAAAAAACUUCUAUCGAAGGGCCAAAUUAGAGGAUUCUGAAGAAAAUGGGGUUUUCAAUCACAGACAUCGAUAUUAUAUUUACAAAUAUUCCUACCUUUACCCACCUCUAAAACGAAUUCCAGUUCAGCACAAUGGUGAUUCAUCUGAGGAAGGUGAUGGUGAAAGUUCAGAAGAGGAGGAAGAGGAAGAGGAGACUUCAAACGAAGAAGAGGAAACAGAAUCUAACGGAAGUGAAGAAUCCACCACUGUAUCUGCUUUUACAGCUGGAUAUGGAGAGGACAAUACCACUGCAAGCGGGGAUGUGGGGUUAGCAGCAAUCCAAAUGCCAAAGAAGGAAGAAGACAGUAAAAAUAAGAAAGUUACAAAAAAGGAAGAAAGUGAUGAAGAAGAGGAGGAGGAGGAGGAGGAGGAGGAAGAGGAAAAUGAAGAAAGUGAAGCUGAAGUAGAUGAAAAUAAAGAGGGAGGUAAUGGCACCAACCAUGAAAAUGCUGAAGGAGAAAAUGGAAAUGGGACCAGUGGGACAGAGGAGGGAGAAGAGGAAGAAGAAGAAGAAGAAGUAGAAAAUGGCACUGAAGCCACGGAAAAUGAAGAAGAGGCCAGCAACAGCACUGAAGUGACAACCUUUCCAAAUGGCAGGUAUGAGUCCACUACCCUUUCAAAAGGGGACCAUGGGGUUACUCCUCUUCCGUAUGAGGAAAGCACUAGCAAUCUCUAUGAUGGCGGAUAUGAAGAACCAGUCACUAAUGAAUAUGAUAAUGGGUAUGAAGUCUAUGAAAAUGAGAAUGCAGAACCUCGUGGUGACAAUUACAGAGUGUAUGAGGAUGAAUACAGCUACUACAAAGGGCAUGCGUACAAUGGCUAUGGAGGUCAAGAUUACUACUAUCACCAGUAAAGACAGAAAAUGGGAUCAAGUCAUUCCUACCAAUGGUUUACAUGGCCAUUGUUUUUUUUUUUUAACAAGUUGAACUCAGGAAAAUGCAAUAUGAGAAACCCACAGUAUAAUAUGGAGUGGUGCUGCUGCUUUAAAACUUUCUUUAGCCAGUAGAUCAACUUUUCAAAUUAGCUGAAUUCCUAGUAUUUAUCUAGGGGAUGCUAAUGAAAGCCCUUGCAAAUCAGUACCACUUCUUAACUAGCAGGAGUGAUCGUUGGGAAAUUAUAACAAUCCUGGAGAAUGUUUUGGGGCUGCUGCACCAUACCCGUAAAAAAAACAAACAAAUUUUUAAUGGCUGGCAUUAUUAUGAAAUUAUAAAAUGUGGUAUUGUUUCAGAAUAUGCCAUGUAAUGAUGCUGUGGACACUAUACAACAGAUAUAUAGACUUUUAUAACGUUGCCUAUCAAACACUGUUCAAGUGGAAUUAUUGCCAUGAA